AUCUUUCAACACCUAACCAUAACCAAAUACAGAAUGGCAGGAAAAAGUAUUGUUUCAGGGAAACCUUGGAAAGCGGAGAAAUCGGCAUAUCGUAGGUCAGGAUUAUCUGGUACACAAAAAUCUUCAUAUGAGAAACGAAUGGAAGAGAAAAGAAAGAUAGACGAAAUAAAAGAGCGCGAAAGGAAAUUAAAAGAAGAAAAAGACGAGGAGAGAUCUGCACAUGCUCAGAGGAUUCGUGCACGCCGCGAAGCUAAAGCUGAAAAAGAACGAAUGGAGCUUUUGCAAGCUAAGCUUCAUCAAAAGGUCAUUGAUCGUCGGAGACGCAGAGAAAAGCGCAACAAAACGCUUAAAGAGCGGUGAUUUUAAUUUUGUCUUUUAUAUAUAUAAUAUUUUAAUAAAAGGUUUUUGGUGGGUUUUUAAGCCUUUUUUAUG